AUGUUAACCACUAUCUUCGUCUUCUCCUCCAUCGUCGCCUGCUCGGCGAGCAUCCCUGACAUGGGCCCAUGUGAUGUCCCCAUAUGUACGCAGUACGACUUUGACUUUGAUAUGUUCCACAGAGAGAACGGGGGCUGCUGGCAUGUGGCUUAUGGACCUGACACAAGUUUCAACCGAAACCUCAGUUCUAUGACCAUAAAUAUCGAUCCAAUUGGGAACGGCCAAUAUAGGGACAUAAUUACAUACUUAACGAAGGACGGAAAGAGCGGUCUGUUGGCGGAAGAGGUUAUAACCAACAAUGGUCACGGGGUCUGCACCGCUACAACAACAGACAAAGAAGUAUACACAAUUAACUUCCUUCAUUAUGACCCAGGAAAAUUUUGCUUUUACUACAUCUGCAGUUCAGAAGGAAAUGACUACAAGAUAGACUACAGAUACGUCUUGGCCCAUAGACUCCUGACAGCAGAUGAAAAAUCAGCUGUCUACGCUAUUGACAAAGAGUAUGACUUCCAAGGUGAACUAAUACCAUUAUGAAAUAUCUAACCAGAAAGAUUACAUUUAAAAACUACAACAUGUAUAACUAAUAAAUUUAAUUUAUGAUAGUG